AUGCCGCUCAUUCACAGCAUCAUUGGACUGCUAGACCCCUGGAAAGCAACAACCAUAAUUCUCCUUGUUCUAAAUUUGAAAUGCUUGCCAUUUGUAUGGCAUUAUCGCAUCUUCAGCCCCAUUAUCCGAGCAGCAUGUCGGCACAAGUUGGGCGUCCGACACCCAGUACAGCCGUUGAACGAUCACGCAGAUGUCACCGUUAAUGCUAGCAAGGGAACUCCCACGGUCUUCCUGCCUUUCAUCACCACCACCCAUGCCCCGUUACUCGAAUGCGACUACAACUUGCACAAGUCCAACAGUACAUACUUCACAGACCUUGACGCAAGCCGUUCGCAUCUCCUCUCAACCCUGUGCUACUCGGGGCUUCGAGCCGUCGAUCACGAGCUCAUAGCCGAAGGGAAAGCCGGUAUGCUAGCGGCGAUCAUUGGAUCUGUGACCACCAGCUUCAAGCGCGAGAUCCCCAUGUUCCGACAGUACGAGGUGUGGUCGCGAAUCCUGACAUGGGAUCAGAAGUGGCUGUACAUCGUUACGCACUUUGUGCAGAAGGGCAGUAUCAAACCGGGGCGGUUUGUCGCAGGAUCUGCUCCGCAUAUGGGGCGGGACACUGCCGGACAGUCGCCAGAGAACAUCCACCAGCACCAGCAGCCGCAGCAGAAGCAGAAGCCUGCUUUCGUCUACGCGACCUCCGUGUCUAAGUAUGUCUUUAAGAAAGGGCGGAUGACGAUUCCUCCGGAGCGAAUUUUACGUGCCUCUGGUCUGGUCCAUCAGGCGUUAGAUAAUGAUGUAGAUUUGGGUAUCUCGAUACCGAGAUUCCGGUACAGUGGCGAACCUGAUGGGUCCUUGAAUGUGAUAGAGAAGCAGCGCCUACGCGGCCUACAGUUUGCGGACGCUUGGGCAAAAUUGGAUGUCCUGCAUGACGAGUUGCUUACAACGAACGAAGAAAUCGAUGAGGUCGUAGCAGUUGGACAGUGCGGUGAUAUAGCAGGCCUCGUGCAUUGUUGA